UCCACCGGAUGUCGAUGUCGGAUGUGUGAGCCUUUCGGUUCUCGGUCUAAUACAGUUUCCCAUUUCAGCAAGAACAUCAGAGGCGUGAGAGGACAAAGGUUAAGAUGGAAAGCUACAGGUCUGGAAGACAAUGGAGCCACGCUGUGAAGGAAGAGAGUGAAGAAGAGCAGCAGCCGUUGGUGAUUAAAGAAGAGGUUCCUGAUCUGAGCUGCUCCAGUUUUGACCAGCAGAGCCGCAGACCUCCUUUACUGGUGCUAAACAAACUUCAGUCUGGGAGAAAAGGAAAUCAGCAACUGUGGGUGGUUAAAGAAGAGGUUCCUGAUCUCAGUAUUUCCAGUUUGGACCAGCAGAACUUCACAUGUUACCAGGUGAAGAAGGAAGAGGAGGAGGAACAGUGGAUCAGUCAGGAGGUGGAGCAGUUCACUGUGAAGAAAGAAUAUGAAGAGAAACCUCAAUUGUCAAAAGUGAAUCGCAUCAAAAGUGAAGACAGCAGAGAGACAGAAGCUCCAACCAGCAGCUCAGCUGAACAGAUGAAAACAGAACCUGAUGGAGAGAUCAGUGGAGGACCAGAACCCGACAGAGAACCAGAUCCAAGUACUAAUUCACAGCCAAACAUUGAAGAAAGGCAUUUAGUUUCUUUUGAGACUGAAGUCAGUGACGACAAUCUAUCAGAUUCUGGAUCUGAAAAUGAAGACAGUGAUGAAGAUUGGAGGGAACCCAGAACACGUCAGUCAGGUGUAAAGAGUAAAGCUGGAUGUAAAGCUGCCGAAAAAGACUUCAGCUGCACUGACCACUUUAAACAGUUUGUGAGGAAGCAGAUGUUCCAGAAACAUAUAGCAGUUCAUUCAGGAGGAAAGUCUUCCAGCUGUUCAGUUGAGAAGAAUCACUCUAAAGGGAAGAAAGAUGUUGAAUCACAGAUGGGACUUGAAACAGACAGAAAAUCCUUUUCUUGUGAUGAUUGUGGUAAAACAUUUCAGAAACUCGGUGCUCUUAAGUGUCAUGUGAGAAUCUACCGCUGUGAAAAAUCAAUUGUUUGUGAAGAUUGCGGUAAAAUCUUUCACAGUCGAUGUCAUUUGAAAACUCACCAUAGACCCCACUCAGGAGAAAGACCCUUUGUCUGUGAUAAAUGUGGUAAAAGGUUUAGCCGGAAGCCUGGCCUUCAAGUUCACAUGACUUGCCACACGGGAGAGAAACCAUUUCAGUGUGAGGUAUGUGAUAAGAAGUUCACCUCAAAUGGAUCUCUGACGGCCCACAUGACCAUCCAUAAAGGGGAAAAACCAUUUAGGUGCAGCGACUGUGGCAGAUGUUUCAGACUUAAGGAUGUUCUAAAAAGCCACAUGAUAACCCACUCAAAUGUAAAACCGUUUGUCUGUGGGUAUUGUGGCGCUAGUUUUACUCGGAAACAAAGUUUGCUUCUGCAUGUUAGACUCCACACUGGAGAGAAUCAAUUGUCAUGUGACCAAUGUGAUAAAAAGUUUGUCCUUAAGAGUCGCCUUCUGAAACACAUGCAAAUUCAUCAGAAGGAGGAGAAAGUGGUGACCGGGAAGGGAAACUUUGCUUGCGAGGAAUGUGGUAGAAGGUUUGUCCAGAAGCGGUAUUUAAAAAGUCACAUGCUCAUGCACACAGGGGAGAAACCGUUCAGUUGCGAUCUGUGCUUGAAGUUGUUUACGCGAGCGGAAAAUCUGAGGAAUCACAAACUGAGGAUUCACGGUAAACAGAGAUUUCGUACAGAGAAUUCGUUUGGGAAGACGUUCUGUGCCAAUGCCACUGCGGUUCAGAUUAUUUUGCUUCCCUUUGAUCAGGAUUAGCUUUAACGUUUUGAGUUUGACAUGAUAUCUUUGCUUCGUCGUAAGUGUCUGGUAUUAGAAAAUAAUGGGGAAAACGGCCUGCGCUCUGUGAUAAAAUGAUUUUGGCAGCUCACUGUGGGUCUGGAUAUUUCUGCCCAAGCAUAAAGUGAAUUUCUUUUUUUAUUGUGUUCAUUAUUUCUAUUUUUAACAAGUGCAUAUAAAUAAAUGUAUUGUUUCAGUAAAG